UUGAUAUUCACACGUGUACGUCUAUCACAUGCGUGCUAUUAGCAAACCUAUAUCAGGAACGGUUCUUCCCUCUCCCCUCUCCGACUAUCAAAACCAGUACCCCCGUCUUCAAAAACUAGAAAGAAAAAGGAAAAAAGAAAAGAGAGAGAAAGAGAGAGAAAUGAGAGGAGGCGAAGAAGAAGAUCAUCAAUCAAGAGACUUUUACGAGCUCUGCGCUCUUCUUUUUACAAUCCUCCGCCAUCCUCCUCUUCCUUCUUCUCUUCUCCGUGCAUCUCCUCGUCGGAUGGACAUUUCUCCAGCUGGAUUCGCUUCUCUACUGCUGGGAAUCUCCCUUGCCCUAAUGCUCUGUGGAUCUAUCACAUUCUUCGUCGGAUUCAUUCUGAUGCCUUGGGUUUUCGGAUUCGUGAUGGUUUUCUAUCUGGUGGGGUUGGUCUCAAAUCUGUCGGUGCUUGGUCGGGCGAUUAUGGUGCGUAAUUUGGCCGUAGUGGGGCCCGGUGGAUUGACGGGGAGGAUGGACAUGCCUGGCCCAUUUUUCUCCAAAUUCCCAAUUCUUUAGAUGGGAGAAGCGGCAAGUGGUGAAUGCAUCAGGCUUCCGUGGGGACUGUCACUCGAUAUCUCGCUCCAUUAAUAGCUCCUUUCCGAAAAUGGUCAGCUUAUUCCAAUCCGACUCAACUAUUUUCUUAGAAGCAAUGAUGCAAUAUUCUUCAAAUGGUUAGAAGAGUUAAGAUGCAUUUGCCUAGCUAAAGCCCAUAAUCUGUAAGGGAACUGGAUCCACUACAAAGCUCCCUUAAGAUGCAUUAUUCUCUAUAGGCUACAUUCACUACAAAGCUCUUGGGUUAAGCUUAACAUAGAAUAAAAUGUGUGGGGCCUACUGUGAUUUAUGCAUGAAAACCAAUCCAUCCAUCAUGUGCGCUGCCUCAAAUUCUCCUUGGCGUCCUAAAAUCAGGCUGACCCAAAACUCAAGUGGGCCAUGCCAUGUAAAAUCAUGCCUAAAACCUCUAAAAUGAUGAGGACUGCCUGUGCUUUUGGAACGGACUGCUUUUUGGGUUGUCCAUCCAUCCUGGCGGGCCGCAUCUUCUGAAUGGACUGGAUGGCAUAGGGAAAACACUAUAGACCCACACACAAUCUGGAGGGUCUUAAUGGUGAGCAUUCCCAUCCCAGCUGCUACCUGUGGCAUGACCCACCUGAGUUUUGGAUUGGCCUGAUUUUUUGUGCGAAGAAGAACAUGAGGGGGCCGCACAUAAUGAACUGAUUGGAUGUCAUGCACAUAUUAUGCUGGGCCUAUUCAUUGCAUUGUAGAUUAAGAUUAACAUACAAAGUGUUGUAGUGGAUCCGGCCUCUUUUUUAAAUGUAUUUUACAUUUUUUUUAAAGAAAAUAAAUUUUAUGUUUGAAGCUUUCCUCAUA